AUGCCUUCAUUCCUUCGAAGCCUGAGCAGGAGGAACAGUCGCAUGCCCAAGACGGACGAUAAGUCCACCAAUGGCACAGAUAAGCACCAGGCCAAAGGCCUCGCCCAUCGCGCCUCGGCCUCUACUAUGAACUCAUCCCAGGUCGCCUCUUCCACUCCCUCUACCACACCAGCCACAUCCACCACCGACGAAGUCAAUGGCCCGACUCCUCCGCCUGUGCCUGCGCGACCACAACGUCCCAAUGCCGACCCAGUAAAGCGCUACAGCACCAAUGGAGGACCAUAUCCAGCACACAGUGGCUCCAACGGCUCUUUGAACAGAUCGUCGCUACUCGCCCCGCGUGUCGUAUCGAUAUCGGAGAAUUCCUGGGUGCAUCAACAAGUCCUUCUCAUUUUCGGCCAGGUCGGCGAGCCACAAAGUAGACCUUUGGACGGCACGCUUACGGUUAAUCACCACCAAGGCCGCUUUCCGUCCACCUGUUGGCCAGUACAUGAAUCCUACUUUAAAGCAUUGGUACACCUUGAGCCUGGCUGGAACAGAAUACGUCUCGACUUUACCUCGCCCAAGGUUUCCUCGUCAAAUACCUCCAUCUCCCCGCAUGCGUCCUUCAUCAACAUAAACUAUUUACCCUUGACUCAGUCUCCGCCGCUUCAGCUUGCAAUUAUACUCGGACACGAUUCCCCAGGCACAUACGAUGCUCCUCGUGAGCGUAUUGAGCGCGAAGGCAAUGGCCUUGAGCUCGCAAUAAAGAAGUUUCGAAUGGCUGCAUAUCUAUGGCAAGCUUUUACAGGAGAGCAGAUGAAGCGCUAUGGUUUCGGUCGUCGCUGUUUCCGGUUUGAAGACGCCUGGGAACCCGGUACACUGAGCUAUCAAGACUGGGGGCAAAACCAAUAUCGCACACAAGCCAAGAUUCACGUCAUCCGCUCCAAAAGGUCUGUCGCUGAAAUACGGGAUCUUGAGCGUGCGCAACAGUAUGGCCCUGCAACAAAGAAGAACGAACUCUUUGACUUCGCCAUAGAGGCAUGCAGGGACUAUUUCCAUAUAGCACCUGGUCAGAAGCAUUACGUUUCUUGCUUGUUUCUUGAUACACAGUGGGAUACUCAAACACAGACAGUACGGGGGCAUGCGGCAUUGGGUGGUGGUACUGGUGAUCUACAGCUUGCCAUUUUUGGCUCUCACGCGCUCCACAGCUAUCCAUCGAGUAUCGAGGAAGUUUUCCAGGCAUUCCAGGACUGUACCCGGACUGAUACCUCUGUUGUUGCAAACGACUGUAACGAGUCUGGAAGUAACUGGGAGGCCGCUAACAUAGGCAUCGGUGCACAUCUCCACGAAACGGGCCAUCUUUUCGGCUGUCCUCACCAGGAGUCGGGUAUAAUGUUGCGCGACUAUGUUACUUUGAACCGUACAUUUACUUGUCGGGAGCCUUACUCAACGCGUACCAAGUCACCAGGUCAGCGGCUAGUUUUGCCCAACGACGAAUGCAGGUGGCACAAAUUGGAUGUACUACGAUUCCGGUUCCACCCUUGCUUCCGGAUACCGAUCGAUGCCCCAAUGAUAAAUGGAGACGACAGCGUACAGGUCUGGACAGUUGAUGCGAGCCAAGGCGGCGUCAUUGCCACAUCGAAAUCCGGCAUUGCAUGGGUGGAGCUCUACACUGAAGGAGACGACAUUUGCCGCCACUGGAAAGAGUUUCCUGAGUUGGAGAACCAGUACCCUCGACAGGUGACACUAGAUGAAGGUGCUCUCCGCUCGAUGCUCCCCACAGACAAGCAAAAGUCUCGCUUGAAAGUUGAAGUGUAUUCUGCAGGUGGCGGCAAGCACGUAGUUGAAGACUUUAGUAAACUCGCCAACCAGAAGCUUGCUAGAGUCAAGUUGCCAGACGGCCGCUGGGGCUACCGCGGCAGCAAACUAGGCUACUCGCAAAUGGAGGGCUCAAAGCCCGAAGAAGUCAUCCUGGACUACGUCCACAUCCAAACCAAACUCUUGCUCCGCAUAAAAGUCUACCACGGCUACGCAGUCGACGGCCUGGAAUUUGUCUACGAAGACACAGACACGCAGCUCUUUGGCAAACGUGGAGGCAGCGUCUCAGAGUUUGCUCUCGACAUCCGCAAGGGCGAGCUCCUACUUGGUUUUGCGCUUCGCGCUGGCCUUUGGAUCGAUGGCCUGCAAAUUCUCACUAGUCUGGGCCGCAAGAGCGAGUGGUAUGGGAAUCCCAAUGGCGGUAGUGGACACACACUUAUUCCCCCGCGCGGUUAUACUAUUGGCGGUAUCUCAGGGUCCUGUGCUCAGUGGCUCGAUGGCUUUUCCCUCAUCAUCACAAGGUGA